GAGAGACCUGUUCGCUCUACGCAGCUCUCGUCUCAAGACAAGCUGAUUACGAACCACUUUCGGGUCACCUUGACUGCCGACCGAACACUGUAUGAAUACCAGGUUACAGGCCUGCUUGAUCCCGCGAUUAAGCCACCUCUCUCGACACCAAAGAAGAAGACUUUGAUUCGACGUAUGAUUGAGAACAGUCCAGAGCUUUCCCCAUACUCUGACUCCUUUGCUUUCAACGGUGAGGGAAAGAUCAUCGCAUGGACGAAGUUGCACAAGGGCUUGCCUGAAGGCGCAUCAUUACUCAGCAAGCCGGUGGAUGAUUUCGACCGGAGCAGCAAUGGAGUGCCAUCGCGCAAGAUCACGCUCGUUAUCAACUUCACUCGCAAAUUCGACUUCAGCGGUCUUAAAAGCUUUGUCACAGGCUCCAAUCCUGACUACGAAGAGGUCGGCGCAGGGCAAGCACUUGAUAUCUUGCUCGGCCACAACGUUGCCAAGACUCAGUCAGGCAGCACAUUCCAAGUCUCCAACAACAAGUUCUUCACAACAGAAAAAGAGGACGAGUUGAGCCGCAAUUACGGCUUGAUCGUGCUCAGAGGCUUCUCCAGUCAUGUCACUCCUGCAAACGGCUCUGUGACCUUGAAUGUCAACACUGCUUUCUCUGCCUUUUACAAGCAGCAGUCUGUGCACAGAUACAUGGAAGACUUUGGUCCUUUCUUCAAUGUGAAUCGCAAAGCUCGUGAGCAUCUCCUACAUUUACGUGUCCGCAUCAUGUACGACCGCACCAAGCCUGGUGAGACCGACCAUGCCAAAGAUACCGAAGCACGCCGGACGAAAACCAUCACGGGAUUCUCCCGUCGCAGUGCCGCAGAGACCAUGUUUACAGACCGCAAUAACAAGCUGAUCUCAGUCUGGGACCACUUCAGAAAGGAGUAUCCACGUGCACAGAGCAUUGCGCGUGACAAGCUCUGCGUCAAUACAGGCGAUGUUGCCGCUGGGCAGGAGUGUUGGUUUGUAGCCGAUCAGCUCGAGGUGCUUCCUGGUCAGCUCUACCGCAGCCUCCUCGAGAAGAUCGACGACGAUGGUGAAAUGGCUGCAGCAAUGAUUGGCUUCGCGUGCUGCACACCUGAGACGAAUCGGAAUGCCAUCAUGAAUGCUGGUCUUCUCGCCUUGGGACUGGGCAACGGCACUCCAGCGAUCUUAAGCAGUGCUGGUAUCAAGGUCGCGUCGCAAAUGAUGACUAUUCCAUUUCGACAAAUUCCGGCUCCCAAGAUUAGCUUCGCGAAGAAGCAGUCAGCCUUGAUUUUAAAAGGGGAAUGGUCUACAAAAGGUCUACAAUUCCUUAGUACAUCUGCGCAAAUCGAUGGUAACGUCAUCUUCCUGUCGGCGAUGAGCGAUCCGCUCAGGACCAACGCUCAGAUGGAAAUCGACUGCAUCGAGGCAUUCAAGAAGUGGUAUAAUCUCAACGGCAUCAAGUUGAAGCCAAACUCUGUCAUAUUGAACCAAUUCGAUCGUAUUCAAGGUGUGUCGGUUGAUGCAGUCGUCGAGAAGAUUCAACGAGCAGGUCUUGCUGUGCUGAUGCUGCCGAACGAUAACGCGGAGAACCGGAUGCUCUACGCAGCUUUUAGAGCAGCAACAGAUCAGGUCAAGGGGACUCCUUCGCUUGUAUUCCGUGAAAAGGUCAUGCAGGAUAUGGUCAACAAAGGCAACAAAGGCCUCAACCGCAAGUCUGCCGUCGAGAGCCUAUUGCCGUACAUUGCCAACAACGCCAUGAAGCUCAAUACACGGCUGGGCAACGAGAACCACAUGGUCGAAGGACCCUUUGGCUUUCUCAAGCAGAAUACUUUGAUUAUGGGCGCUGACCUCGUCCACCCCAAGCCAUCCAACCCCACCGACGUCCCCAGCAUAGCAUCUCUGGUGGGCAGCAUCGACAGUCGCUACGCCACGUUCUUGGGAUCCUCUCGCCGCACUCGGCAUCGCGAAGAGAUCAUAACCAAGCACAUCAUGAAAUCCAUGGCCGUCGAGCGCAUCACCGCGUGGAGAGACAGGAACGACAAGAUGCUUCCCACCAACAUCAUCUACUACCGCGAUGGCACGGGCCACACUCAGUACAGCGACAUCCGCGAGCAGGAGGUCCUCGCGAUCCGCGAAGCGUGGAGACAAGUUCAGCUCGACUCGAACACCAAACUCAGCGCCAAGAACCUCAAACUCAAACUCACGGCUGUCGUCGUCGUCAAACGCCACACCACGCGCUUCUACCCCACCGAACCGAACAACACAAAACUCGCUCUCAAAGAAAACUGCCUCCCGGGCACCGUCGUCGAAAGCGACAUCACCUCCCCGUACUACUUCGACUUCUUUCUCCAAUCGCACGCGGUCGAAAAAGGCUCGGCCAAACCCACACACUACUUCGUCCUCGAAAACGAAAUGAAAUUCGAUCAGGAUAGUUUGCAAAACGUCACCAACGGCUUGUGCUACAAUAUCUCGCAUUCCACGGGUCCUGUGUCGUAUGCUUCGCCCGCAUACUUGGCAGAUCGCCUCUGUGAGCGCGUGAGUUUGUAUUUGCAUCGUUGGUAUCGGAAUGAUGCGGAUGUGAAGGACUUGCACAAGGACAAGCGAAAGCAGGGCAUGGAUGCGGAUUGGGGUAGAGGAAAACAGACGGAGAAUCCGUGGAGUUUGACAUUUCAGUCGAAGAUGUUUUGGAUGUGAGAGGGAGGAGAUGAGGAGGAGGGGGAGAGGAAGAGAGGAAGAGGAGCGAGAGAGAGAAAUGAAAGAAAGCAACUAGGGUGGAUCAUCUCGUGUAGGUACGUAUUUCUCUUGUUUUAUUUUCUGCUAAAGACCACGAAGAAGAAGCUUCAUGUAAUAUCACACAAAUCUGAACGAC